AUGGACUCUAAUUCCGCGAAGCGGCGGAAACUAGACUGUUCGAUAGAUAGCCAUUCACUAGGAGAAAUUGGAAGUAAAAAUUUCGCCACGACCAACAAUCAGUCUCACGAAAAUACAGCUCCAGAAUUCAGUGAAGCGAACUCCCGCAAGCCACUCCCACAUACUCGAAAGGAAAAUCUGGAGCACACAAAUGGCUCCAAAGUUUGUAGUAUUUUUACGCUUCAAGCCGAUGAACUGCUGGCAGAAGUUGAACCCAACUACGAGAAAGAGUUUGAUGGUGUGAAUGAUGUCCUUCACAGACUGAAAGGCCUCAUUGAGAAUAUUGAGGCACGGCAACCUUUGUCAGUUAAUGAAGCCAAUUUAUCUCUAGAGAAGGAGCACAAAAUUAGGAUCCCAUAUUCUGAUCCCAAACCAGACCAAAAUGCAGCCUAUAAACUAGCAUACGAAAAGCCUCUCAGGAUCAACAUCGUCGGUAGCUACCCUACAAAGAUAAUGGUCAAGUCAAAAUCAACACCAAGUAUAGAUCUUAUCGUUGUCAUGCCAGAUUCCAUUUUCCAGAGCAAAGACUUUUUAAACUACAGGUACUUCUACAAGCGUGCGUAUUACUUAGCUUGCAUAAGCGCUGGCCUUAGUUCAAGCCCGUUCGUUCAAGAAUUUGAUUUGAGGUUUGAAUAUUUUCACGGCAAUGAUCUUCAUCCAGUCUUGGUUGUAUCAAACAAAAAAUUAGUUUCAGAAAACUCUAAUAAGUAUCCAGAAAUACGAAUUCUACCUGCUGUCUCCUCAACAGCUUUCAACGCUCUAAAGCUUAGGCCUAAUAAGAAUGCAAUUCGCUCAAGCAAAAAUAACACUGGAGAUCUCAUUCCAACCCCUUUUUACAACGCAUCUCUACGAUCUGACUGCAAUUACGAGCCUUAUCUAAAGAUAAUACAUGUAUCUGAGAAAAAAUCGCAAGCUUUCUGCCAUGCUUGCAUGCUCGGUAGGAUUUGGCUCAGUCAACGAGGCUUUAAUAGCACCAUUCCGGGAGGUGGAUUUGGUAAUUUUGAGUGGGCAGCCUUAACUUCUUUGCUCUUAAAAGGAGGCGGACCCAAAAGCCAACCAGUUCUUUCGCAUAAAUAUACUAGUAACCAGAUGUUUAAGGCCUUGCUCCAAUUUCUUUCUGCAAAUGACUUUGCGAAGAAGCCAUUCAUGUACCAUACGGAUGAAAUAAUCCUUCGUAAUUCUCAUAAACCCAUUUUUUUUGACGGCCCUCGAGAACAGAACAUUUUGUAUAAAAUGACACCCUGGUCAUAUAAUCUUCUGCAGGAAGAAGUCAGAUUAACCUUAGAGUCUCUUAGCGAUGAAACAUUUGACAAUUUCGACUCAACGUUUAUAAUCAAGUCGUCACAACAUUUAUUGAGAUUCGAUAGCACAUUCACGAUUUCUCAGCCAAAUAAAGAUAGUAAAGUCGAAUAUAGUGAUCAUCUCACAAAAUCUCGGAAGUAUUGUUAUCAUUUAUUUGAUAUACUUCGGCAAGGUUUAACUGACAGGAUCAAAAUGAUCAAUAUUCAUGAGCCAACACCUGUAGGUUGGUCUAUUACAACUCCAGGCCCGAAUACAAACAACAGUCCAGCUACGGUCUCCGUUACGUUUGACGCCAAAAAUAUAGAUCGCCUCGUAGAUCAUGGCCCUCAAGCCGAGGACAAAGCCCAAGCUGCUAGCUUCCGAAGGUUUUGGGGAGAAAAGUCAGAGCUGCGCCGUUUUAAGGACGGGAGCAUAUUAGAAACUCUUGUUUGGUCGCCAGGGUCUACACAAUCAAUUUUCGAAAAUGUCUUGUCUUUCAUUCUAGGUCGCCAUUGUGGUCUAGAAACGGUCAAUAGUCUCAAGUUUUUGGGUAAUGGCCUCGAAAAGCUACUCCCGAAAUCGGUUACCGAUCUCAAGCCCUUUGAACCGAUAAGAGAAGCUUUCAGAUUAUUCGAGACUCAAGUAAGAGGACUCGAGGGAUUACCCCUUCAGAUCAAGCAGAUUUCUGGGAUAGACCCUAGACUGCGAUAUACAUCUUUUGAAAUACCUGCCUUCAAUCAUGUCGCUCUCAUGAUGAAUCCUGUUGAGGUUUUAAUCGAAUUCGAGGGCUCUGGAAGAUGGCCUGACAAUAUUCUCGCAAUCCAACGGUCUAAGGUAGCAUUCUUACUUAAAAUAAGCACACUCUUGGAAAAUGACGAUAGCUGUAUUAACGCUCGGCUUGGCAUUGAGAAUGAAUUUCAAAAAGUGCACAACUGCGCAUUUCUUGACGUAACCUAUGAAUCCGGAGCCUCUUUCCGACUGAGGAUAUACGUUGAUAGAGAAAUUACUCUUCUUCAACAGCUCCUAAAAGAUGAGUCCCUAGAUCAAUUCAGUCGCGAAGAUGCCCUUUCUGGUCUGUCGAAUAUCAAAAGAAACUUUAUCCAACUUCUACUUCACUCUCAGUCAAUACACAAACUCUGCACUCGCUUUCCCCUUCUUUCAGCAACCAUUCGCCUGGUUAAGCACUGGUUCAACUGUCAUAUGCUCCUGGGACAUUUACGAGAAGAAGUUGUUGAAAUGAUCGUUACUCAUAUCUUUCUACGUCCAUACCCCUGGCGAUCGCCGUCCUCAGUAAUGACUGCAUUCUUCAGAACUAUGUUAUAUUUGUCAAGAUGGGACUGGAGAUCGACUCCAUUAAUUAUUGACUACAGUGGGGAAAUGGGUAGCGAUGUGGUCGAUUCCAUCAAAAAUCGUCUAGAAGCAUGGAGAAAAAUCGAUCCGGGGCUAAAUAGAUGCGUACUUUUUGUCGCUUCGAACCAUGAUUCAACGGGUAUGACUUUCUCUGACCAGGGCCCCUCAAAGAUGAUCGCUGCCCGGAUGACAUCUCUGGCUCGAUCUGCCUAUAAAUUAAUCAGAGAGAAAAGCUAUGAUCUAGAUCCUGCAUCUCUAUUCUCAUCAUCUAUAGCAGAUUAUGAUUUUGUUAUACAUUUAUCUAGUACUUUUGCAAAUGGUCAUUUGAACGCUGAAAGUCGGAAUUUUUCCAAAUUUAAGAACGUCAGAGUUCAGUCUAACAGUAACUUGGCUAAUGUAGGAUACCAAGCAAUCCAGCUUUAUCUAAAUGAACUCGAAAGAAUUUAUACAAACCACAUAAUAUUUUUUUAUGGGGAUUCAAGCUCUGUCAUUACUGGACUAUGGAAUCCCACCUCCCUGUUGCCAAGGUCGUUCAAAGUGAAUCUAUCAUAUUCUAGCUGCAUCAGUGAAAAGAGUGGCUUUGGAAAAGAUCAAAUAGUUAUCAACAAGAACUCUAUUCUGGCCGAAAUUGCAAGACUUGGGGGGGAUAUGGUCUCCAAAAUCAGUCUUAAGGAUCUACCAGACAAAUAG